AUGCCCGCGGGCUUGGCGCAGCAGUUUGGCGGCAAGGACUGGAAGCGCGCGGUCGCGACCGCCGUGCUGGCCGCCGCGCUCGCUGCCUCAUCCAUCACCGUCGGGCCCGCCGUGCUUUCGCCCGGCGCACGAGCGGCGCUGCCCGCGCUUCGGGUCGAGCGGAGCGCCGCGCUGGCGCUGAGCGAGGAGCAGGCGCUGGUGCAGGAUGUGUGGCGCGAGGUGAGCAAGCAGUACGUGGACGGCAGCUUCAACGGGCUCGGCGCGGAUGGCUGGAAGGCCAAGCAGAGCGAGGCGCUGCGGGGCCUCGCGGGCAAGCAGGGCGGCAUGGGCGAGGCGUACGACGCGAUUCGAGAGAUGCUCCGCGCGCUCGGCGACCCGUACACGCGCUUCCUCGACCCGGAACAGUACGACGCGCUCGUGAGCAACUACGCGCGCGGCGACGGCGCGGGGAUCGGGGUGCAGCUGCAGCUCGACCCGCAGACCGGCUCCGUGGUGGUGCUGCAGGCGGGCUCCCUCCUGCUGGCGGGCGGCAAGCGGGCGGGGCUGGUUCGCAUCUCGGCCUUCACGCAGGAGACGGCCGCGCAACUGGUGCGGGCGGUGCGCGACGUGUCGCCCGGCGCAGAGGCGCUGGUGAUCGACCUGCGCGGCAACGCGGGCGGGUACCUGCCUGCGGGCGUCGAGGCGGCGCGGCUCUUCCUGCCGCCCAACGCAAAGGUGGUCUCCGAGGUGCGGCGCGACGGAGUGGCUGAGGUCUUCUUCUCGGAGGGCGUCGGCUCGGAGACGCGGCUGCCUCUCUACCUGCUCGUCGACGGCCGCACCGCCAGCGCCUCCGAGGUCAUGGCCGCCGCGCUGCAGGACAACCGGCGCGCGACGCUGGUGGGGCCGGGCCGCACGUUUGGCAAGGGGCGCAUCCAAAACGUGCAGCGGCUGGUGGGCGGGAGUGGCGUGUCGGUCACCAAGGCGCGGUACGUGACGCCGGCUGGCCGCGACAUCCACGGCGUGGGGCUGCUGCCCGACGUCGUCUCGGCCGCUUGCGGCGCAGCCGACAGCGCGGCGGCCUGCAUGGCGGGGGUGAGGGUGUCGAGCACAGACGUGCAGUCAGGAGCCGCUUCGCCAAAGGCGCUCUAG